AUGUACUGUCUCGUCGAGCUCGAGACGCACGACCUCGGAGCGCUCAACGUCGACUUCAUGCGGUUGGUGAGCACCGCCGAUCAUCCGUUCACACGAGCGAUUCUUCCUGAUACGAGUUUUUCGCAACCGCAGCUAGAUAGCGGAUUCGUCGUCCACGUCUUCACCGCCCGUCCCAGUCCUUCCGCGAGCUCGGCAGGCGUCGUGUAUGAGACACGCAUGUUCGGGCCCGGUCUGGGCGUGAAUGAGGACCACGUCAGCGGCUCGACUCAAGGGUUACUAGCGCCGCACUGGGCCGCAAAGCUGGGUUUGGGUGAGAGGACUAUGCUUUCCCAUCAAGCAAGCACGAGGGGAGGCGACCUUUGGGUGACAUUCGACAAAGAGAAGGGUCUUGUGAGGCUAGCUGGUCGUGCUGUGAAGGUCGCGGAGGGCAGUAUAUGUGCAUAG